CAGAAGACGCGGCGAACGAAGCCGAUGCGGACGAGUUGGGUACCGGCAAAUCUGCGCCUGUUGCGGAACCGGAUCCGACCAUCGAAUACAGUGUGGUGCCCGGUUGCUAUGCCAAACUGGCCUAUGAUGAGCAGGGUCGGGAUUCCUAUUCCGAACAGGGUGUUCGACUCAAAUACGUUGUCCUUCAGAAAGGGGAUAAUGAAUUUCUCGGUGCCACUGUCCGUUCUGAACGUCGCUCGAUCAUCAUUGCCCGAAUCGUGAACGGUGGUUUGGCUCAAAAAACUGCUCUUCUCCAUGAAGGUGACGAACUGUUGUCCGCUAACGGAAUUGAACUAUUGGGAAAGGAUUUGAAUACUGUCACUGAAAUUUUGGGCUCCUUACGUGGUCAAGUAGUUCUACUGGUUGCUCCGUCUGCCGAUCCCUACUCGAAAGCUCCGCGUGGAGGCAUUAUUCAUCUGCGUGCACUGUUCACCUACGAGCCGGAAGAGGAUCGCUAUCUGGCCUGUCAGGAACUGGGACUCCCAUUCAUCAAGGGAGAUUUGGUACAUGUGACCGGACGAAACGAUCCGAACUGGUGGCAAGCUUAUCGAAGUGACGACGACAACGGCUUAACUGGUGCCGUGGGCACACUAGCCGGUCUCAUACCCAGUCCGAUCUACCAACGUCAGCGGGCCAUAUUGCGUCUCCAGUAUUGGUUGGAUCAUGGUACCGAGGAUAUCGAAUUAGAAGAGGAACCGUCAGACACGGAAAAUGUCGGUCCAGAUACGGAUUCACUUUCCGUUCAGUCACCCGAGGGAACGGACAAAAAGUCGACUGGUAAACGCUUCCUCGGCAUGAAGUUGUCCUUUUUGGACAAACGAAACAAGCCAGCCCGUUCGAAAACAGAUACUGUCAGCACAACUACCCCGGCCCCACCCGCACCAACCCAGCCCGGAACAGAAAAUGCAACCACGGCAUCAACAACUGAGGAUGAGGAUGAUCGUGCUCCGUGUCUCAUUAACAGUGCUCUAUUAAGCUCAAUAUAUGCCGGUCGAUUGUCCGGACAUACGAAACCCUCCACUCAGCUAACCGAGGGCGCAAUGGACGAAUGGUCUGCUGCCGGCCCAGUUUGGGGUCAGCAUGGAUACGAAGCUCGUUCAGCACGCGGUACCGGUCACCGUCGACGUCGUCUGGGACGGAAAUCGAGUAAUAAGUCGGUCGGGACCUGCUUGCCAGGUGUUCGGGGUAAGAAGGUUGGCCAACACCAGUAUUUUCCUUCAUUGGCCCCUGUCCCGGAUGCUUCUCUCCAAAAUGAGGAAGAUCCAGUCGCGUGGCUUGAUCAGGAAGUCAAGCACGGUUUCAUGCGACAUCCUAGUCUGUGGACCUAUGAACCGGUAGCUCAGUAUUUACCACAACCUUUGCGCCGGCGACCAUUGAUAUUUGUUGGUCCGGCACACGUGGGACGUCAUCAACUGAUGCAACGGCUGAUCCAAGAAGAUCCGGAUCGUUUCUGUCCGGCUGCCAUACGUAUGUUCCUACCCACUAUCACUAUUUGUUGUAUAACUACUUGCUAA